AUGACAAUUGCUACUCGUACUGAAACGCGCCCGCAGGCCUACGCCCAUACUCCUACUCGCUCAAGCCAGAAACCUCCGAGCCUCAUGAAGCGUGUUUGCAUUGUCGGAGCUGGAAAUUGGGGCUCAGCUGCUUCCAUGAUCAUCGCACGAAACAUGAAGCGCUAUGAUCACUUCGAGAACACUGUCAACAUGUGGGUGUACGAAGAGAUGAUUGACGGUCGGAAGCUCACUGAAAUCAUCAACACAGAGCACAGAAACGUCAAGUACCUCCCUGACCAUGAGCUCCCAGAAAACGUUGUCGCCGUCCCGGAACUUCUGGACGCUGUCUGUGAUUGCAAUGUUCUUGUCUUCGUUCUCCCGCAUCAGUUUCUCCACAGAACAUGCAAGACGCUCAAGGGGAGGCUUCCUCCAGACACUAUUGCUAUAUCUCUGAUCAAGGGCAUUGACUUCAACGAGGAAGGCGUUGUGCUGAUGACUGAUAUGAUCAAAAACGAGCUGGACAUAGAUGUUUCUGUUCUAAGUGGUGCUAACAUUGCUAAUGAGAUUGCCGCGGGCAAAUUCUGUGAGUCUACAAUUGGCUAUGCAGAUGAAGAGAACGCGACGACGUUCUACGAGAUGUUCAACGAGAAGAAUUUCCGAAUUUCCAUUGUGAACGAUAUCGAGUCAGUUCAGGUCUUCGGUGCGAUCAAGAACGUGAUUGCGCUGGGUGCAGGUUUUUGUGAUGCUUUGGAGAUGGGGAAUAAUACCAAGGCUGCUCUCAUUCGCAUCGGCCUUUUAGAGAUACAACGUUUCGCCAGGAAGUAUUUCGGUCCCAUCAACGACGCUGCUAUGUUGGAGUCAUGCGGUCUUGCUGAUCUCAUCACGACUUGCCUCGGAGGGCGUAAUCGUCGGUGUGCCGAGGCAUUUGGCAGAGCAGAUGGAAAGCGCUCAUGGGAGGAACUAGAGGCAGAAAUGCUAAAUGGACAGAAGUUGCAGGGUACCAGCACUUGUCUUGAGGUUAUGAAGAUUCUCAAGAGAGACAAUGCCGUUGGCGACUUUCCGUUCAUGGAGCUCAUACACAACGUUGCAUACGAAGGUGCUCCUAUAUCAACGAUCGUGGACUUCCCGGACGAGCAUGCUCCUGCGUAAUACUUUAUAGAAGACUUUGCGACGAUUCCAAGCAGGCUUCCUUUCCUCGUAAAAGAUCUCGAUUUGUCUACCUCGGAGUAUCAUGCCGAUACCUGGCAUUAAGAAUAUAAGGAGCGUCUCGUACUAGGACUACACUGAAAGGCAGACUGACACAAACGCCUCAAUGCUCAGAAGGUAUCAAUUCUACAUCCACGACAUGUUAAGUUAGUUUGAUAUCGCGCUUAUAAAGUUAGGCCUAUGGCUACAACUUCGCCUGUGACCUAGUAUGUG